AUGCGCACCCGCAUCCCCAGCGUCUUCAAGCCCUGGCGCCCCAGCCAGCGGCGACAAGGCCAGACGCCCGUCGUGCGCCGCAACCAGAACCAGCUGCCCAUGCUGCGGCUCGCCGAUACCACGCGCAACAACUUCAUUGCCGUCGCUGGCGAGUUCGUCGGGACCUUCCUGUUCUUGUUCUUCUCGUUUGCCGGCACGCAGGUCGCUAAUACGCCGAAACCGGUUGAUGGCGCGCCGCCGAAUACCGAUGCGCUGCUGUACUCGUCGCUGAGCUUUGGGUUCUCGCUUAUGGUGAAUAUCUGGGCGUUUUACCGGGUCACCGGGGGGUUGUUCAAUCCAUCUGUUACGCUUGCUCUCUGUCUCGUUGGCGGCAUGCCGGCCUUCCGGGGGUUGUUCGUCUUUGCGGCGCAGAUAAUCGGGGGGAUUGCGGCGGCAGGUGUUGUCAGUGCUCUAUUCCCUGGUGAUCUGAACGUCACAACCAGACUCGGUGGCGGGACGUCGAUUUCCCAAGGCCUCUUCAUCGAGAUGUUCCUGACCGCGCAGCUUGUCUUCGUGAUCAUCAUGUUGGCGGUCGUCAAGCACAAGUCCACGUUCCUUGCGCCGGUCGCAAUCGGCGUCGCGUUCUUCGUGACCGAGAUGAUCGGCGACUACUACACCGGCGGCUCCCUGAACCCCGCGCGCUCGCUCGGCCCGGACGUGAUCAACCGCAGCUUCCCCGGAUACCACUGGAUCUACUGGGUUGGCCCGUUGCUGGGCUCGCUGCUGGCGUGCGGGUUCUACUACUUCCUCACAUUCUUCUCGUAUGAGAGCGUCAACCCGGGCCAGGACUUUAACGAGUGGGAGGCGAAAUGGGGACCGGGAUCGUAUGACUCGUCGAUGCAGAGGCCGUCGCACUCGAAUUCGGAUUCGGCGACGCUGCAGCAUGCCGUGUCGCCUCGCAAUGGGGGCGUUGAUGCGCCUGCUGGCUCGGACAACCAUGAUGCUCGUGCUCCUCUCCAGCCGCAGUCGCAUGUUCCGCCGGGAGAGGAGCAGGUGUAG